AUGGACCCGAUUACCGCUGUCCAAGUUGUGGGCAGCGCUCUAGGAUUUGUCGACUUUGCCACCCGGCUCCUUUCUUGCAUCUACGAUGUCUACAAGUCACCAGAGGGGCUGACAUCGCGAUACGUGCAGGUGUCUGUCAUUUCUAACGACUUGCACUGCACUAGCAAGUACUUGCAAGAAAAACUUGCCUUGCUGCCCUCAGAAUACAGUAAUGACAGCGAUCGAAAAAUAGGCGAACUGUGCAUGCAGUGCAUGGACAUUGCUAAAGAGGUGCAAGAGACCCGGGGAAAGCUCCGUGCUCGAGGCACGACCAAGUUGGACUAUGCGAAAAGUUCUUUCGUUGUUGCCGCAAAGGCUUUCCUCCCCCGCAGCCGUGUGCAAGAGCUGGAGAAGAUACUAGAGCAAAUUCGAGCAGAGAUCGUAAUGACACUGAUCGCAUCUCUUUGGGAGGACGGUAAUAGUAUUCGAGCGAUCCUGGACACUAUCCUCCUCACCUUGAAUGGCACGGAUCGCCGUGUCGAAUCAAUAUCUAAAGACCUCAAGGGACUGACACUGCCGAACUCGGCCGAAACAAGAUUAAAGCAGAAGAUUUUUGUGCAGCAUCUCUGGGACGCCAACUGGCAACCAAAAGGCUUAAGUGUUCCUAACCACUCAGAAGACCCUGCAGAUGAUCAAAUCCCGCAGCAAAAUAUACUGAGACAGAUAAUAUCGAGCCUCUCUUUCGACGAAAUCAAUAAUCGCCAGAGCAUGAUUCAACCAGCUUACGCCAAAACGUUCAAGUGGAUCUUUCCAUGCACUGACGAUCAACAUCACAAACCCGCAUCACUGCCCGCAAUGUCCACGUGGCUAGAGAGUCAGGAUGACUCAAUAUACUGGAUCACUGGCAAACCAGGGUCUGGCAAGCCUACAUUGAUGUCCUACAUCACCACGAAUCCGUCCCUCGUGCCUCAUCUCCGUAUAUGGGCUCGAAACCUGCCCCAUCUGGCUGCCUGGUACUACUUCUGGGAUGCUGGUUCUGUUUUGGAAAAAUCCAAGGAGGGCCUUCUGCGAAGGCUUUUGUGGCAGUGCAUCGGGUCCAGGCCAGAUAUAGUGGAGAAGGUGUGCGGUCGUCGGUGGCUCGUUGCACGUGCCUUCCCAGAUGCAGAGCUCCAACUCCCGGAAUGGGACUUGACAGAACUUGAGGAAAGCUUCCGGUCCCUACUAUUGUUAAGUGGUCAGAUGUUUCGACUUGCACUAUUCAUUGACGGCCUCGAUGAAUUCAGUGGAGAUCAUCGAGAACUCAUGGGGUGGAUACACGAAAUCAAUCAGAACUACGAUGUGAAGAUAUGCGUUGCAAGCAGGAAUUGGCCCGAGUUUUCGGACUUACUUUCUCAAGGUCCUCACUUGAAAAUGGAAAAUCUAACCCAAGCCGAUAUACAAGCUGAUGUGGCUGGCAGAUUCGCAGAAUGUGGUGGAUUCAGGGACCUCCAACCAAUUUACCCUUCUGAAUGCCAAAGCCUGCUGGACAACAUGGUCCAGAAGGCGCAAGGCGUCUUCUUAUGGGUGCGCCUGGUGGUGAAGAGUCUGACCGUCUGGCUUGACAAGAGGAGACUUGGAGAUUUGAAGGAGCUUCAGAAUAUUCUAGAUGAACUUCCCACCGAGAUGGAUGCCCUCUGCACCCGCAUCUGGAACAGCAUCGAUCCUGUCGAUAUUGGAACCACCGCCCGACUAUUCCGGCUUUUAGAGGCCACUUUUUUGCGCCUCGAAGGCAUGUCUGUGUGGCUGGCAUUAGGCAACCUCAUCCCACGACAGACGGAUGGUACCAUCUCGGAAGAGACGGCUGAACACAUCAGGAGAUAUGUACGACAAGGUUUGGAUAUGCACACACGAGGGAUCCUCGAGAUUACCCCGCGUGGAAUUGUCCAUGUUUUACACAGAAGUGCCGCGGAUUGGCUCGCAAAGCCAGCGAUGUGGAAUGAUGUUUGUUCGAAGUCACCACUGGGAUUCGAUCCCCUUCUUGCCCUUCUCAAAGUUGGGGUGGCGCGACUAUCUGAUAAAAUGCGAUUGAGGACGGAUCACCCCACGAUAAUCGCUCGACACUUCUGGCACAUCGUCACUAUUUAUAUGUGCCAUGGUACCUGCGUUGGGGCCAGGCCCCAGAACGAAAAAGUGCUCAUCGAGACACUCGACGAGCUUGAUUCAACUGCCACAAGAAUCGCGAACAAGAUCGAUCUAAGCAACUCAGACCCCCUCAUCAAGGGGCGACCAGGUCCUGAUUUUGUCGGAGGGCCAUGCUACAAUCCUUGUCACUGGGUAAACAGAGAUUUGUGGUUUAUGCCUUCCGACAAGCCCAGGAAGGAGUACUGUUUUGUGGGGUUGGCUUCUCAGUUCAGCAUCCUGCCCUACGUAAAGGCUAAGCUAUCGCAGAACCCAGACCUUCUAAAAACAAACUCAAAGCGUGUCUCGCUCCUUGAAAGCGCUGUCUUCUGCUCCCAACCCCCGUCAGUAAUCGGCUCGAAAUCUAUAUAUGGAAUGCAAAUUGUACGACGACGCUUCGAAACAAUCAAGUACCUACUGGGCUGCGGGGCGUCACGUCGAUGGGGACUGGCUCCCAGUACGACGUACUUCUUCAAGAGUUCACUUUGUAAGCAUCAGAUUCUAGGAGCGUUCCCAUACUCUGUAGGAAACCCCGAAGAGAUCAGGUUUUACAAACAGAUUAACAAUCUUUUUGAACAGCACAUGCGGAGAACCCGUGUCAUUCGUUUUAUAUUCCGACACCGAAAAGCAGUAGCAGCAGAAGCCUCGGAAAGCUGGGAGUUCCGUACCACGGAAGACGAAACUAAGGCAAGGAGGGAGUCAUUGAUGAAUGUGACGGAGUUGUGA